GAACUCUGGGUAAUUAAGCAAUGGCUGAGUUUUCUUGGGUGUGUUGGGAGUGAAAACGUUCUCACAAAUUAUGGAAACUGAAGCCAAUAAUUCAGAUUUUGAUUUAUUAUCUGCAGCAUUAGAUGUUUCUGGUAUCACUGGAAAUGACCUUGAAGAUUUUAGUCUUGAUCUUUCAUCACAUUCUCAGCCGUCAAGUGGCUACAACAGUCUUCCAAAUUCAGCAUUUGAAGAUUCCUCCGUAGUAAAUGGAGGACACACAGAUACUGAAGUAAACCAAGCAGAUUUAUUUAGUCAGUCUUUACGUCAGUUAUCGCAGUCAUCACAAUAUAAAACCAUCCAAAUAUCUGGUUCACCUAAUCCAUUACAAGCAUUUCCUAGACUCAAACCACAAGAAACAUCCAGUCUGCUGAAUACCAGAUAUUCACAGUCUAUCAGUCAUGUCAACAGUCCAGUUACUCCAACAUCAAAACCUGGUCCUAAAAUCAUCCGUAUUCCAAGUAGUUCCUUAUUAAAUACCGGUACAUCAGGACAGUCACCUAUAGUAACACGAAUCUCACAUGGUGGCACAUCAACACAACCCCGCGUUAUCACUAUUACUAGAGUAGCACCAUCCGGAAAUGUAGGUCCAGGACAGAAAAUUACCUUAACUCCUCAAACUUCAACAUCCAGUCCCAAAAUAAUCGUUGCUAGUAGUGGUAAAACUGUGGGAUCAUUAAUUAACAAUAGACAAGUGUUACGAACUAGCUCCCCUAUUCAUGUUGUCAAUCAAACAAAUUUAUCCGGUGGAAAAGUUAUCACUAGUUCUAUGACAAAUUCUGCCUUGGAUCAAGCAAGGAAUACUAAUUCACCAAUCUCAAACAUUCCAACAAUUGUGUCUCAAUUUGGAUCUGGAAUAUCUGGAUUAAAUGGUAACAAUAUAAAGACUAAUAUAACAAAUAAAGAUUUAUCACGUCUCUGGUCAAAUGAAAAUGUGAAAGUGUCGCCAGUUGGAAUACAGGUACAAAGAAUAGAAAGAGCACCAAGUCCUUUUGAGGAAGAGGAAGCAGAGGAAGAAGCUCAGGAAUUAGGUCAUGCUGAAACAUAUUUUGAAUACAUGCCCAGUAAAUUAAAAAUAGGAGAGAAACAUCCUGAUCCUGUUGUAGAAACAAGUUCUCUAUCUAGUGUUGAACCUGUUGAUGUGCGAUAUAAAAUAAUUAUACCCGAAUCUACUAUUGACAUGUGUCAAUUAUCAGCCUUACAGUUAGAAUCAAUAACUUAUGCUUCACAACGACAUAAUACCAUCUUACCUAGUGGUGAAAGAGCUGGUUUUCUUAUAGGUGAUGGUGCAGGUGUGGGGAAAGGCAGAACUAUAGCAGGAACUAUAUUUGAGAACUAUUUACAAGGAAGAAAGAGAGCUAUUUGGUUGAGUGUGUCUAAUGAUUUAAAAGUAGAUGCCGAGAGAGAUUUAAGAGAUAUCGGAGCGGGUAAAAUAGAAGUCUAUUCCUUAAACAAGUUGCGAUAUGCCAAAAUAUCGGGUAAAGAAAAUGGCAGCAUUAAAAAAGGUGUGAUAUUUACAACUUAUUCAUCACUGAUUGGUGAAAGUCAGUCAGGUGGUAAAUACAGAACAAGACUUAAACAGUUGUUAAAAUGGUGUGGAAAAGAUUUUGAUGGUUUGAUUGUGUUUGAUGAGUGUCAUAAAGCUAAGAAUUUAUGUCCAGUAGGAUCUAGUAAACCAACAAAAACUGGUAAAACUGUUUUAGAGUUACAGAAUCAUUUACCUGGAGCUCGUGUUGUUUAUGCUAGUGCCACUGGUGCCUCCGAACCAAAAAACAUGGCUUAUAUGACACGUCUUGGUUUAUGGGGUCCUGGAACACCUUUUAGAGAAUUUAAUGACUUUAUUCAAGCUGUUGAAAAAAGAGGUGUAGGUGCCAUGGAGUUAGUUGCUAUGGAUAUGAAGUUAAGAGGAAUGUAUAUAGCUCGUCAGCUGAGUUUCAAGGGUGUCUCAUUUAAAAUAGAAGAAGUGCCAUUAGAAAGAGACUUUAAGAAAUCCUAUAAUGAAGCUGUUGAUCUGUGGGUUGAAGCUCGAGAUAAGUUUCAAAAGGCAGCUGAUCUAAUUGAUGCUGAACACAGAUUACGAAAAUCCAUGUGGGGUCAAUUCUGGUCUGCUCAUCAAAGAUUCUUUAAGUAUUUAUGUAUAUCAGCUAAAGUUAAUUAUUGUGUACAUGUUUCUAGAGAAGCUGUGAAAAAUGGAAAGUGUGUAGUUAUAGGUCUCCAGUCAACAGGAGAAGCUCGUACCUUAGAACAAUUAGAAGAACAAGGGGGAGAACUCUCUGAUUUUGUAUCAACUGCCAAAGGUGUCUUUCAAACUUUAGUAGAGAAACAUUUUCCAGCACCAGACAGAAGAAAAACAUUUGAUAUGUUUGGUAUUGGUAAUUUAGUUAGAAAUAAUGAAGAGAGUAUAUUUAAUAGAAACAAUAACAAGAGAAAAAAGGAUAUGAAUGGUGGUAAUGAGGCUAAACGGAUGAAGGGGGAGGAUAGUGAUUCAGGUGAUACUUCAUCGGAAGAUUCAUCAGAUGAUACAGAACUGAAUAUAAGUGAAUCAUCAUCGGAGGAAUCAGAUGGAAUUAGUGAUAACUUUAAUCCAUUUGGUAAUGGUUCAGAUAGUGAUGAUGAUCCUUGGUUAAAGAAAUCUCAGAAUAAGAAGAAGGAGAAAUCACCUAAAAAGAAAGUGAAAGUUAAGAAGAAGAAAUCUAAAAAGAAGGAAGAAGAAGAAGAAGAUGAAGAUUCAUUAUUUGACAAAGCUCUAGCUAAAGCUGGUUUGCUUAAUAAAAAUAAUGAUAUUUUUCCAAGUAAUAAUCUUAAUCUUAGCAAUGGUAAUACAAGUGUAUGGGAACAAGCUAUGACAAUGAAAAGUGAUUUAUUACGUAGAAUGGAAGAAAUAGGAAGUCAUUUACCACCUAAUACACUGGAUCAACUCAUAGAUGAUCUAGGUGGUACAGAAGCAGUAGCUGAGAUGACUGGUAGAAAAGGUAGAGUAGUAUCUAAUGAUGAUGGUAGUAUUAGUUAUGAAUCUCGAAGUGAAACAGAUGUGCCUUUAGAAAUAUUAAAUCUCACAGAAAAACAACGCUUUAUGGAUGGAGAAAAGGAUAUAGCUAUUAUAUCAGAAGCUGCUAGUUCAGGUAUAUCUCUACAAGCUGAUAAACGUGCUAUUAAUCAAAAGAGAAGAGUUCAUAUAACAUUAGAAUUACCAUGGAGUGCUGAUAGAGCUAUACAACAGUUUGGUCGUACUCACCGUUCUAAUCAAGUCCAUGCUCCAGAAUAUAUAUUCCUUAUUUCCGAGUUAGCUGGAGAACGAAGAUUUGCUGCUACUGUGGCUAAACGUUUAGAAAGCUUGGGUGCCUUAACACAUGGUGAUAGAAGAGCUACAGAAUCCAGAGAUUUAAGUCGUUUUAAUAUAGAUAAUAAAUAUGGUAGAGCUGCUUUAGAUGCUGUGAUGAAAUCCGUUUUAAAUUUAAAUGGUGAAAACCCUCUAGUGCCUCCUCCUAAAGAUUACAGUGGAAAUUUUUUUGCAGAUGUUAAGACUGGUUUAAUAGGUGUAGGAAUGAUGACAAUAGAUGAAAGGUCAGGUUAUGUUAAUUUAGAGAAAGAUUAUAACAAUAUUAGCAAGUUUUUAAAUAGAAUUCUGGGUAUGACAGUAGAACUACAGAAUUCUUUAUUUAAAUAUUUUACUGAAACAUUAACUGCUAUUAUUCUGGAAGCAAAGAGAAAUGGUAGAUGGGAUAUGGGAAUUCUUGAUCUUGGUUCUGGUCAAGAGAAAGUUAGAAGAGUUGAAACACAAGCAUUCCUGGGUAACGAGGCUAAUAAUACAGCUAAAACAGAACUCACUACAUUUAUGGUAGAGAGAGGUAUGCCAUGGUUACAGGCAAUGGAACUAUGGAGAAAAUGUAACAGUACAGAAGAAGGCUUUUAUUUAGCUAAUAUGGAACGUAACAGUAAAAAGACUGCUGUCUUAGCUGUUUGCUGUGGUAAAAAUAAGAAGAAAGAGAAAUUGUACAAUAUGUAUCGACCAAAUACAGGCUUACAACCUCGUAGUGAGACCAUGGAUGAAAUCCGUAAAAAAUAUAAAAAGGUGUUGCCAGAUCAAACACAACAAUGGUGGGAAGAUCAGUAUUUUUUCUCAGCUAGAUAUUGUAUACAUGCUUACUGGCGUGGAAAUUGUAAGAAAGUAAGUCUGGGUUUACCAUGUGAAAUAGGUUUAAGAACACGCACAUAUCAUGUAUUAAGUGGUUCUGUGCUCAGUGUAUGGAGUAAAGUGGAAAGUGUUCUAGCAUCUAUGCCAGGAGGAACCAGCUCAAAGAUGCAAAUUAUAAGAUUACGGACAGAGGAUGGACAGAAAAUUGUUGGAAGUUUAAUUCCUGGUAAUUGUGUUAAGCCACUAAUCAACAUUCUGUCACAAGGCUCAACUAAAACAUACACAUGUAAACAUCCUGUACCAAUAGAAGAACCAGAUAAACUUAGUAUGCCUGUCUUCGUCUGAUCUUAAACUUAUAGUACAGUUAGUAUGGGAUAUAGUUUGAAAAUGUGUUGUUCCAUUUGAAUGGAGAAUAAUUUGCAGUGUGACAGGAUAUUCUACUUAAAGAAAGAUUUCUGUUUUUGCUUGUGAGAAAAUGAAGCGUAAAAGUGAUUGUGGUUUUGUAUUUUUCUAUGGAAACCAGUUUGGAUUUCUAUUGUGAUCUGUGAUUAUUAAGACUCAUGACAUUAGGCUAAAUUUAUAUUAUUAUUAUUAUGCAAAACAUCAAAGCCUAAAACACUUCUGACAAGUCAUGACUCAAUAAGCUUCUUUAAUUUAUUUGUAUGCAUUUUAGACAUAACAUGAUGUCCAUAUCUAUAAGGAUAUCUAUUUUGAGAUAUUAAGCUGUGAUGAACAUAUAGCAGUGCCAAACUAUUUGUGAAUUGUGAAAUCAAGUGAUUCAGUUAAGUAUUAAAAGCACUGAAAGUCCCUAGAAACGUACAUGUACUCUGGCGAGAAAAAUAAUAAAAAUUCAUUUGGUCACCAUUGUGAAAGAGGGAUUCUUAUAGAUUUUAUACUUGCCUUUCAUAUAGUGCAAAAACUUGCAAUCAUUAGCAGUUUAUGGAACAGAAGCAAAGUGUUGUGUAGGUUUGAUAUUUUAAAAAAUAUUAAUAAAACCAAAGAUUGUAUGUUGCAAUAAAGACCAUGCUGUAUAUCUAUCUGUUCUGUAUUAAAUAAACAAAAACUAAAUAAUUUAAGUUAGUAUUUUAUGAACUUUGAACUUAAGUGAGAGAAAUGAAAUUGAUUAUCAUAAUGUAUAAUGAUAUUUAUUUACUCAGCGGAUAGAAUAUUUAAUUAGUGAUCCACAAUAAUUGAUUAGUGAGUGAUCCACCAUAUUUGAUUAGUGAGUUAUCCACUAUAUUUAAUUACUGAGUGAUUUAUUGAAGCAGAUCGAGUGAUUUGUGAUGUGAGUUUUAUAUCGGCAUGAUGAAGGAGAGAUAAAGUUAAGACAUUUUAAUUAGAGAUGAUUGACAAUAAACUAACCAAAAUAUUCUACAUUUAUAUGACCACUUGCAUGCUUAUUGAUAUAUGUGCUACAUUAUUUCCAAUGUGAUUUGAAUGAUUGAAAAUGAAUUCUGUUUAUUGCUUGGCUUACAAAGUUUGUUUUCUGAUUUAGUGUUAUACCAUAUUUUUGUCGACAUUGAAACCGCAGUUUAAAUUAAAUUUGUUAACACUUGUAUAUAAGAUUGUGUAAAAGUAUUUUUUGAAUGUAUGAUUAAUGUAUGCUAUUGGGGGAGGUUGGGGAAUAAAACUGUACGCACUUGAUCCCUCAUACAAUAGGGAUAUUAAAACUAAUUACUAAUUUACAUCAAUCUGCUUUAAAUAAUGAUGUACUGUAAAACAAGAAAAUAAUGCUAGUGUGAAAUUAAUGUGACCUGUUGCUGACUUAUAUACCAAUAUUUUAUUAUGCAUAUCUUUACUAUAGACUGUCAGUAACAAACUAUGACCAGUCAAAGCAAAAAAAAAGAAAAAAAAGUGAGUAAUCAACCGCGAUUAAUUAGAUAGUAAUCAGUGUCCUUCGUUAAUUUUAUCUAUAAAAGUUGACCAAAAAUCUUACUUCCAAAACAAACAUGUCAUUUUGGCCUCUUCAUCUUGACCAAAUUUUUUUUAUCUCCAGACACAGUUAGGCCAGUACUCCUACAAUUAUGUACCUGAUAAAGGUCACAUUCAUUACCUGCCACAUUAAUUAUUAAUUAUUUGUUUUACAGUAUCAGACCAAUUAUAUUUUGUAUUAGGAGAUAAUUUACUCAGCUUAAGGCGUGUAGAUUUGGCUCUAGAGAUGUGUUGGAUGACAUCUGAUUCAUUAAGCAUCUUUAACAUUGUGAAGUUUAUUUGCAAAAAAAAAGAAGGGUGGGGGUGGCUGUGGCUGUGUUCAAUAGCCCUGGUACAUAUUAAUUAUUCAAACUGCCUUAGUCUUUCAUUAAAGUAAAAAAAAAAAAAAAAUGGUGAUAAUUUAACAGAUUUGUAGGAACAUAUAUUUUAUAAGACACUGUAGUUACAAUAGAUUUGUUAAAUAACAUGAUUUGUAACAUAGUCAAUUUUUGAUCUCUGUGUGUUAAUUCAUGCCUGUUAGUUAAGUUAAACUCUAUCACUAGACUGUUUGACAAAAGAAACACAGACAUGAUUGUCAUUUAUUUCAUUUAUUCCGUUAAUUAAAAUCAUAACAUUCCUCAUUGUAAUAAUGUACAUUUUAGGAUUAAUACUAACAUACAUCUAUUCAGAUUUAAGAACAAAUGUCACACAUUUAUCAAUAUUACUGUUGUAUUCUCUGUGUUAAAAGCUUGAUAAGUACAGAAUGUUUAUGUACAUUGUAGGAUAUUCCAUGUAUUGGAUAUAUGGUAACCUAUUGGUAUUGAAAUAAAGAUAAGUGUUUAAUUAAUUACCUGUGUCAAAUAAACUAUAUUUGGAGAGCUUACACUACACUAAGUACUGUAUAUGAUUAUAGUGUAAAAGAAAAUGAAACAUUAUAUAAUAUUGUUUCCUAUUGUAGUAUUUAUCUUUAGGUGUCCAUGUAAAAUGUGUUCUAUUUUAAUUAUCUUUAAGUCACAAGAUCAAGAUCCUCAUUAACAUCUUAAACUUUAAAUUAAACUCUGCUCAAAUCCUUGAACCCAUAUGGUGGUUAAACAAGGUUCCAGAUUGCCCUUUGACCUUUUUAUCAAGUUUCUAUACCUCAUAUUUGGAAAUAUUGUCUCUCCAUUAAAGAACUCUGGAGAAAAUACUCCACUAUUUAAACAAUUGGUGCUAAUAUGAAAACAAAUUUACAUAAUUGUUAUUUCAUUUACAGGUGAAUAGGGCACUAAAAGCCAAAUAGGACCUUGAAUUAGGUCAUUUCAUUUAAUCUGUUAUUAAAAUAAAUCCAUUGUUUUAGGUUAAACAUUUCAUAUUUUAUCACUUCUGUUACUCUGUGUUAUUAUUAUUAUUAUUAUGUAAAUAUGGUGUGUGAAUAUGUAUAAAUAUGUAUGUAUGUAAAACUUGUUUGAAAUGCACUAUUAAUUAAUCUGUUAAAAAAUGGUAAUGUAUCAAGUUUGUGUGUGUGCCAAUCCUAAGUUAUGGAUGAAGGUGUUAAAUUAUUGUAAUACAUGUAUAUUGUUAUGGUAACUGUAGUGGUUACUAUGGUAAAUAUUGGUUACUGUAGAAUAACCUUUAUGACCCGGGUAUAUCAUUGAUAAAACCACAUAUUUCACCAAUGGUGACAGUGGUGCCAUUAUGUUACAUAACCACUGUUAAUCUACCGCCUAAAUAUGGUUGCUAUAGUGACCAGUGGUAAAUCAUUGGUUGACAUGGAAUAUUAUAGUUAUAACCUCUUUGUAACUGCUUACUUUGUUACCAUGAUGGUAAUCAUAUUAUUACAAAUGAUUUCUGUGUAAUAUAUACAAUGUGGAUAGUGUAAGCUCAUGUUUAUUGAUCAGUAAAUUAUUUAUAUUUUUGUGCUAAAAUUAAUAGUAAUUUAUCUGUUGUUCAGUAAAUUUAGAUAUCUGUAAGAUAAAGCAAACAAAAUCUUUCUACAUUGAUCACCCGAGAGAAAGUUAAAAUUAUCAAAUUUAUUUCCAAAUGAAGGUUUCCAUAAGAAUCUGUAUUUUUUUUCCAUUUUCCGCAAAACAAAUUUAUAUUCUCAUUCGUAAAAACAAAGUUGGAAUUUAUAUUUCUUUAAUAUAUAAAAAUUGUUUCUGUAUUAAAAUAAACUAAUUAAUUAAACUGACCAAGUUUGCAUGUAUGCCACAUUAUUGUUGAAAAUUUAGUUGAGAAACAAAAAAAAAUUCCAUUUAUUUUCCCUCCAUAUUUGUUGUUACAAAUACAGGGUUUUGUAAUAAACAAAUGAUAAAUA